GCCCUGGGCUCCCCAGGCUCUUGAGUCCAGCUCCUAAUUGCUCAUCGUUUGCUGAAGCUGAAAGCUCAAAGCAAAUAAACCACCAUGAGGCUGUCCCUCUCUGUUCUGCUAGUCACUCUGGCCCUUUGCUGCUAUGAGGCCAAUGCAGUUGUCUGUCCAGCCAUUGUUACUGAUAUGGUAUCCUCCUUCUUCUCCUAUGAACUUACCUACAAGUUACAACUUCUGAGAUUUGGUGCACCUAGAGAAGCUGUUGAUGCCAGGUUGGAAAUGAAGAGAUGCACAGAUAAGAUCUCCUUUAGGAACAGACUGCUAAUUUUAAAAGCACUGGCUAAAAUACUGUUGAAGUGUGGUUACAAGGAUUUAUUAAAUUUUCUCUCAUAGUACCUCUAUCUUUCCAUGAUCACCUGAUCUUCGCUGGAAAAUGUAAAGGUUUCAACAUCUUGCUUCAAUAAAUCACUUGCCCUGCACUUC